UCUGUUUCUCCCAGCCAAUCAUGCGACUCAAGGAGAACUUCUGGCGCUGUGUCCAGUCUCCUCCAAUCAAUGGCCUUCGGGGGCGGGCCGGCGGCCGCUCAAUCCCCACUCCGUCAUGCUUUGGGUUAGGGUUUUCUUUCACGCUUUCUGAGAAGGAGAGCAUGGCGCAGGCCUCGGCGAAGCACUUCCCUGAGGCUCGGCCGGAGGAGCGUUUCCAUCGCUGGCCAGACCCGGAGGAGAACGGGCAGUCGCUGCGGGCGUCAGGAGAGGUGGCCGCCCGGCCCCUUUCCCCGCCUGCCCGGAUGGGUGCGUGCAGACCCACCAAAGAAAAGUGGUCGCUGCGGGGCCCAGGGCUCGGGACUCCCAGUCCCACCUCGGCCGCGCCCCCAGGGCCGCCUGCGUCUCCAGGAAGCCGGGAGUGGCGUCCCCUGCAGGGUGGGGUGCUCCCAGGCCGAACUCCGGACAGGUGGAGGGGACGGCAGGGCUCGAGGAAGCCCUGUCCCCUCCAGUGCAAGGUGCUCUCACGUGUGCCCUCUGCCCUCCCGUUCACCCGCAGCCUUCUCAGCGCCUCUCCCUGGGCCCGGGGUCGCCUCACCAGCCUGUUGCUCUGGAAAACAGUCCACAGUCCCCGAUUCCAUCCAUACGCCUCCCCCCCGUUUUCGGCGGGCUCCGGGGAGGGGGCUGCACGGCAGAAGGAGGCUGGCGAUGGGCCCAGCUGCCUGUUGCAUGCACCUCCUCCUCCACCCAUAGCCUCUUGCCUGGGGAAGAGUUAGCCUGGGGCUGAUACUUUGGUUAAGCUGAAGCUGCCGAGGGUGGUCGACCUGCAGAUUCUCUGCAAAUUCUGAGCUGGCAGAGCCCGCAGCCCGGAGCCGGCCGGGGAAGAGGAGACUUACACGCUGCAGGCCGCCUCCGUCCACCCUGCUCUCCAUCUCCCACUUCAGAAGGGCUGGGAAGCUCACGGCCGGGGUUCCACCUGGAAGCUGCUUGCAUGGCUGAACCCAGCUUAGGUUCCUAGCGGGGCUGCUGGUGGAAUUCUCCCCCUUGGAGGCUGGGGAGGUUUAGGAGGGGGAAGGCUUCUGUGAAGCUCUCAAACCACUAAUAGAGCCCCCUCCCCAACAGUGACGGCGCAGACGCUCCCUCUUUUUAGUUGACACCACCAGGCAGCCUCCUGGCUGUUGGUAGGUUCCUGCAGCUGGCUGGGGGAACAGGGACCGGCAGGGGACUUUGUUAGGGGAGGGUUGGGAUGGGCAGUGGGCCCUGAAAGUUAAUAUAUUCGAACCUA